AUGUGGUUCGGCGCCGCGGGGGCCGGCCCCGCGUUUCUGGCGAUGCUGCUGAGGGGCCGCGGCCGGAUCCGCCGGGCCCUCGCCUGCGUCGGCCUCGCGUCCGCCGUCGCCAUCCACUGCGUCAUCACCUGGCUGUUGGGAGUCACCCUGGUCACGGCCCCGGGCGACAAUCUCCUCGUCCUCAGCCUCUUCUCGGUCGUGGCCUUCAUCUUCUUCGCCGUGGGCGACGCGCUUGCCGCCCUGGUCCUGCUCCGUCGACCUCGAGGGGAGGAGUAG